AAACCACGCCUCCUGCUUCUCACACUCUUCUCUAACCUCCACCAUCAUCAAUGGCAACCUCAUUUUCAUGUUUCCGUACCACCCCAAUCCUCUGCUCUGCUUCUUCUAACCACCGGAAUCCCGACCCGACCCGUGGAAAGCCUUCCUCAUCUUCCAGCUGGUGGACCCCUCUCUUCGGCUGGUCCUCCGAUCCCGACUACAUUAACAACUCCAUCACCACCGAAGACGUUGCGAAACGUUCUGAGUCCGAAACAGGACGGACCAGAUCUCGGUUUACUCGGGGGUGUUUCACUGAGGAGAAGGCCAAAGAGCUUCGGAGGAAGACAUUGGAGACCUACUCCUUCCACGACAUUAUGUACCACUCGGCGAUCGCUUCUCGGCUCGCUUCCGAUGUCUCGGACCCAAUCGAUCGUUGAGUUUAGUUUCGUUUCGUUUCGCCGGAGUUCUAAUAAGCCCUUUUGCUGGCCGGUCCGGUAGGUUUUUAUCUGGUAAUUUGUGGGUUAAGGACGGGUCAGUUUAUUGUCCUUUUCCUUGGCAAUCAAUCUGUCGACUUGGAAAUUUGGAUCUGUGUUCACUUUUUCUGCAUUAUUGUUUGGUGGUUGCGAACACUAAUUUUAUGUGUACGUUUGAUUUAUGAUCUGUGUAUCGAUCCAUGUUUUAUUAUCUGUGAAUCGAUUA